AUGGGCUCCCAUGGACAACAGUCCCAUGACUGGUCCAGUUUUCCAGACCAGCUACUCGCCACCAUUGCAGACCGCCUCCCCACUAGAAUUGACACUCUCCGCUUCCGCGCCAUCUGCACCUCAUUUCGAGCAGCCUUCCCUCCUCCUCCGCCACCAAACCUAUACCCAGACAUCCACUAUUUCCACCAACCUCCCAUACACUUCUUCAUUGCCCAGCCCACCGUUUAUGCCAUCCAACCCCUCUCACAAGUCUCCCAUCCUUAUCACACCCCAGGAGCCUGGCUAGUCAAAGUCGAAUAUCCACCGUCCGGAGAUGUCAAACUCCUGGAUCCCUUCUCCACAUCUCAAGUCAAGAACGUCUCCGAUAAGUUACCGGGGUCAUUCAACUUACUGGAUCAUCGCAUUAAGGAGAUAAGUAAAGGGUACAGACUUGAAUUAGCUAGAGACCAACAAAGGGAGCUCAGCAGAUCGGAACAAAGCUGCACUGGCAAAGUAGUGGUUUCUGCUGAUGAAGAUGACAAUGAUGAUGAACUUGCUAUCAUGGUGUUGAUUCAAGGAAAGGUUGUAGUUUGGAAAAGAAGAGAUAACAAAUGGCACAAUAUCGAUAUUGUUCAGGAUCGAUUUCAUUUUAUUUAUGACAUAAUCUAUCAUAACAGAAGAUUCUAUGUCUUGAGCUACAAAGAUGGUACUCUCUGUGUGGAUCCUAAGUCCUUGAACGUUUCAGAACCAGUGGCUCCAUUGCGAAUUUCGCUAAGCAGGUCAGCCUCUUCCUUCCACUUGGUAAAGUCAUCUCCGGAUUUGUUCUUAAUCCGGAAGAACUACUUAGACUUCCCUGGAAACUAUGACAGCCACUUCUGCGGUAAAUCCAGUGACAGAAGUUGCCAGGCUGGGUUGAAUAUUUUCAAGCUUGAUGAGGGGAACGAUGAGUGGGUUGUGGUGAAGGAUGGAUUCCAGGACAGAGCUUUUUUCAUGUUAAAGGAAUGUAACUUUUUUCUUUCAGCUCAAGAGUUCUCAGGAUUGAAAUGGAAGUGUGUUUAUUUACCUGAUAGAGGUCAUCCGAAUGUUGAUUGUGAUUACCCUGGAAGCAAUGCUCUGAUCUUAACCUGGAAAAUCGUUGUACUGAUAAACUCGCAGCUUUUCCUGGUACUUGAACAGAUGCGAAGACAUUUUAUUGAAGAAGUUUCUGGGAUCAACCGCUUGCAGAGUGUUUCAUCGUCAAUGUGA